CAACACCGUACAUACCGCAGAAACUGCGGCAGAUUGAGUGGUGACACUUCCCAAUUCGCCGAGAUCGACACACAGGCACUCAAGUCGAGCGAGAAUGUUAGGUGGUUCAGGGAAAACUGCAUCGAGCGGGCAGGACGCCGACACCAACCUCAGCGUCAUAGAGAUUUCGGAUGCAGAGACUUCCAGUUCCACAACACACUCGGAGGGCCAGACAUUAAUCGGACAUACAAAUAACCACUCACAACUGUCGGAUGAAAAAACUACUACAGCUAUACCAGCAGCGCAGAAUGGCGCGGCUAAAGUCUUGUUCUUUGACGGCGUUCGCGGCCUUGCAGCCAUUCUGGUCGUCAUUCACCACUCAAAGGAAUACCCCACCGACAAACUUCACCUCGGGGCAGUGGCUGUAGACACAUUCUUUGUGCUGUCGUCGCUCCUGUUGACCUGGCUUUUCAUGAAAAAGAGCAUGAAAUUGUUGGCACAACACGCUGGAGCUCGAACGUGGACGAUCGCAUUGUUGGACUACUUCCAGAAACGAUUCUUUCGAGUGUACCCGCUGUUUGCAGUGACCGCGAUCGUACUGGCCUGCGUGUCGACUGAGAACCAGCAAAAUUUUAACAUCAGUAGGCCCGAAGACUACGAUCUGGGCAAGGUGCUGAUGUUUUACACUGGGUACCGUUUUCACGUGUUUUGGACGUUGCCACUGGAGAUUGGAUACUACUUUGUGCUUCCAAUUUUUGUCGCCGUUGCGUUGGGUCUGCGUCGUUUCUGGUGGCUUGGAGCUUUACCAUUGUUCGUCUGGAUCCUACACGAAGGCUUCUAUGCGUAUCGAAACCAUCACAUGCCCCUCCUUCCUCAUCUCCAUACUUUCACGAUGGGCUCAAUGGGAGCUGUGAUCUACGUGAAGGCGGAUUUGUGGAUCAAAGAGACGAAGUUUAACUUCCUGUGGUGGCACACGCUUGCUCUCAGAGUAGUUGAAGGUUUAGCCGUUGCUGUAAUGAUGAGCGUGUGCUUCGAUGGCUUAUUCUUCGAUUGGAUCUACGCGGAUCCUAUACCCGCGGGCCCGGGAUUUCCCUUUGUUAGCGUGGAGAUGACAGUAAUUUUCGUGAUUGAGAUGAUCCGUCCGUCCUGCAUCUCGACGAUGUUUGAGUGGAGUGUGCUGCGAUACUGGGGCAAGAUCAGUUUCUCGGUCUACUUGCUGCACUGUUUCAUCAUUUAUCACCCGUCGAUCAUGCAAGAGAAGAAGUUUUUCAACCGGUUCUUCGCACGAUUCGGUCUGGUCCUAGUGCUGGCGACGGUGAGCUAUCACCUUAUUGAGCGUCCGUCGCAGUUGCUGGCCCAGAGAAUCUCACGUCUCCUCGCUGCUCAAGACGUAGAAGACUUGAGAAGACAAAAAGUGCCAGUGGAGGAGAAGUAGAAUUUACUACGUAGUAUGUAGAAUGUACUACGUGUACGAGUGAGAAGGGAAUCAAAACGAAUACUUGUAUACUGCUUUUAUUUCUUUUUCAAUACUGUACGAAUAAAAAGAGAAAACAAUUCUUGAUUGACA